AUGAAAAAGUUCAUACAUUCUUUUUUUGUUUAUGUGAUUGUGUUCGCAAAGCUUUACCUUUCCGAACAACCGGCGUAUCAGGUGUCCAUUUAUUUAAAUUCCAAUCAAAAUGGACCUCCGGUGCUCGUAUGUAAUGGCGUGAUAAUACAGUGCCGACUCGUUUUAACGAUAGCGUCUUGCAUUCAUUACCAACUUACAGCCGAGAGUGCGGCCGAACCGUUCCAAUCCAAUAAAUUAUUUAUUAUCGCCGGCACAUCUAGCGACUUUGCCAGUGAUCUUACAGUUCAAGUGCUUGAUAUAAUCAUAGCCAACUCAUUCAAUGUCACUACUAAUGAGAAUGAUUUGGCUAUUCUGCGUUUAAACAGCAAUUUGCCUUUGGGCAUACGUAACGACCUUAAGUGGGUCAUUUUGGACGAUAUCGAUAAUGCUGAUAGACCAUGUUUAGCAAAUUUUUACUUCAGAAAUAAAUUGACUAAAAUUCCAAUCCAUACGCGAACGGAACAACUGCCGCUUUUACCUAAUUCUGAGUGUCACAGUAUCUCCCAAUUUCCCUUGGCUCGAAGAAACGAUAUUUGCUCACUUUAUAUGUUGCCAUGCGGUUUUCAUUGCACAACUUUCGACGAUUUCGCCCGUCGUUAUAAUAUCGAUCGUGGUAUAGGAUUGUUAUGUAAAAACCAUUUAGUUGGUUUAUUAUCAACAAUUUUGCCGAUGCCCAAUGCAAACAAUUUCAAUUGCUCGCAAAAGAUCCUACAAAGCUAUUACACCAAUCUGGAAUAUCAUUUAACAUGGAUCUAUAAUGUGAUUCAUACUGAGGAAUUGCAAGUCUUGAAAGAGGGAACUUAUACUGCUUCAUCACCAUAUGACGGAUUAAGAGAGGAGUAUCCCUUGCUAUUGAAUGACUCAAUACAGAUGUGCAAUGGUGGGAAUUCAGCAAAAGCAGCUUCACAUGUUGAAUGGCAAUUCCCAAUUUAUGGAAUUCUAGUUAUUUUAUAUUGCGGAAAUAAUUAA